CAUUAUCAUAUCAGCUGCGGCCGAAGGAAAACUCACAACACAAGGAACACUCAAGAAAGGAGGCAUAUUUUCGGCGACUGUAAAAAUCGCUCAAAAACUGUCCAAGAUAGGUUCGAGAAUGUCUGUAAGACGUGCAAGCCAUGCUGGGUCCUGGUACAGCAGCUCAGAACAAGUUUUGUCGAUGAAGCUAAAUGAGUGGUUGAGCAGUGCAGCGUCAUCAAAGCAUUCCCCAGCAAGGGCAAUCAUUGCUCCUCAUGCAGGAUACUCAUAUUGUGGAGCAUGUGGAGCCCACGCCUAUAAACAAAUUGAUCCAACCAACAUAAAGCGUGUCUUCAUACUUGGACCAUCACAUCAUAUGUAUCUCCCUGGCUGUGCUGUCACACGAUGUAAAAUAUACGAGACACCGUUAUACAACCUCAUUGUAGAUACCCAAGUGUGUGAAGAACUGUGUCGGGACGGUCCCUUUGAAGUCAUGAAGAUCCAAACUGACGAGGACGAACACAGUAUAGAAAUGCAGUUGCCUUUCAUCGCCAAGGCAAUGCAGAGUAAACAGGGUCAGUUCACCAUAGUGCCUGUCCUGGUAGGCUCAUUGAUGGCAGAGGGAGAGCAGAUGUACGGUCGGCUGUUCAGCAAGUACCUGGCUGACCCUGAGAACCUCUUCGUCAUUUCGUCCGAUUUCUGUCACUGGGGUCAGAGAUUCAACUACGUGGACAUACAUGAACGUCAGUGUCCAAUUCACAAAUCCAUUGAGUCUCUGGAUAGAAUGGGAAUGCAAUACAUAGAGAGCCUGGAUCCUGUCGGCUUCCGUAGCUACCUUAAGAAAUAUGGCAACACCAUAUGUGGCAGACACCCUAUAGCGGUCCUAUUAAAUGCCAUUCAGACUCUGAAGACCAAGAACGGACGCACCAUGUCCCUCAAGUUCCUCAACUAUGCCCAGUCCAACCAGUGCAAGUCCAGGGAGGAUAGCUCAGUCAGCUAUGCCGCAGCCUCCUUCAUUAUGAGCUGAGGAAACAAACUUUUAAGGACGGUGGUCAACAAGCCACCAGCAUAGUUUUUUUUUGGGGUGGGGAGAGAGGUGAUAAUUUAUCUUCGGUAACUCAGGAUAUCUUCAUGUGUGUGUCAUUUGUAGUCACAGACAGUUAAAGGCCUGAAGAAGUGUGGAAAACAUUGUAGACAAAGGGUUAGAUUCCUUUAAGGUAACUUGCUGCGUAGUGAUGGGUCACUCUACAAAAUAAAUUGUUGCUUUUCAGCUUAGAUAUAUUCCAGGCUUAAAUAUGUGGCCUGUCACCACAAAAUGAGCUGAAAGUCAGAAUUUUUGAAAAUUGAGAUAUUGGUACUGUGGAAUUCAGCAGAAAAAGAGUUUUUCAAUGGUGUAUAGCACUUAGGGUAAAAGUAGGCUGACAAUGUGAUAUUAUUCUUUAUAUGCGUGGCUGGGGUCUCCAAAAUCUGACAAAGGGAACUGGGCCUUGUAACAAA